UCACUUAAUUUUGCCUUUCUGCCUCAUUUUUCAGGUAUAUGAAAGACACGGCGCCACCAUGAGCGGAGUAUUGAAAAGGAAGUAUGAACAGCUGGGGGAUGACAGCACCUACUGCUCCUCCUCCUCCUGCUCCCCUCUCUCCUCCUCCUCAGCAUCCUCCGGCUGGGAAUCGGAUGAGGAGAGCUCCCAUGGAGAGACCAAGCCCAGCUCGGCCUUAAUGCCCAACUUCACCCCCACGUCCAUCCUGAAGAAAUCCAAGCGACUAAAGAAGAACAAUGUGGAGUUUGACCGGGUCACUGUGUUUUACUUCCCGCGCUGCCAGGGCUUCACGAGCGUGCCGAGCCGCGGCGGCUGCACGCUGGGCAUGGUGAGCAAGCACAGCUCCUCCAGGCAGUUCACGCUCGCAGAGUUCUCCAAGGAGCAAGAGAACGUGCGCCGGGAGAAACUCGAGGAGAAAUUAAAAGAAGAGAAGUUGGAAGCAUUGAAAUGGAAGCUGACCAUGAACGGCACGAAGGAGUCGGAGGAGGCCAACCAGCUCACCAUCGAAGACAUCUCUGACGACGACAUCGACGUGAGCAACGUGGACCUGGAGGACGGCUUCUUCCUGCAGCCCUACCCCGCCAAGAAGAGACGAGCACUGCUCAAGGCCGUGGGCGUGAAGAAGAUCGACAAGGAGGAGAAGCGGGAGCUGCACAACAUCCGCCUGUCACGGGAGGACUGUGGCUGUGACUGCCAGGAGUUCUGCGACCCGGAGACCUGCAGCUGCAGCUUAGCGGGCAUCAAGUGCCAGAUGGACCACACAUCGUUCCCCUGUGGCUGCACCAAGGACGGCUGCGGCAACACCGAAGGGCGAAUUGAGUUCAACCAGGCCCGCGUGCAGACCCACUUCAUCCACACCAUCAUGAAACUGGAGCUGGAGAAGAAGCAGCAGAGCAGCGAGAAAGCGGAUGAAGGUGCCGAGUCCUCCUUCCGGGAGCGGCUCCAUCAGUUCGGCUGCUCGGUAGGGAAGACCGCCUUUGAGGAGCGAGCGGUGCCCCUUACGCCGGCCUUCCAGUUCAACAUGGACCUGGAGACCAUCGGUGAGAACAGCUGCAGCAGUGACAUGACGGACUCCUCCAUCUCGUCCAGCCCCAGCGAGGACCUGGAGGAGCCCUAUGAGAAUGGCCCCUCUGACAAGUCCCAGUCGGAUAUUGACGAUGAUGGCCUAGCGCGGAUCCUCCACUUCAACGACUCGGACGUCGAGGACAACAGCGACAACUGCCAGGACAACUUGAGUUGCUUCCAUCCUGCGGAUUUCUUCAGCACUGGCAUCGAAGAGCAGUGUAUGGAAAAGGCCAAUGCAGUGGGGACAGGCUCUGGGCACGUGUCCCACCUCUCCGAGUGCCUGGACGAGAACGCCAACCAGGAUGCGAGCUGCUUCCUGGAGGAGGCCGCCCAUGCACGCUGCGAUGGGCUUUCGUGCUGCGCGGCAUCCCCGGCGGAGCCGUGCUCCAAGAGCUACACAGAUCUCAGCCUUUCCUCUGACUCCUUGGAUUUCUUUCAGUCCUUCUCAGACUAUAACUUGGGACCUCUUUAUAACUCCUUAAAGGAAUACGAAAACCUCGAUAACUUCUCCGCGUUGCAGUUUCAAUUGCCCAAUUUCCCGGGCUUCCCUCAAGCCGCAGAUCAGGGCUCCUGUUUCUUGGAGUCGCUCAUCGGCUUAUCUGAAUCUGUCCCCGAAACCCCAGCCCCGUUCACAGACAAUCAGCUUCUGGAAGAUGCCAUUAAGUCAUCGCUAAUGGAAACGGUGAAAGUUUAA